GGAGCAAACACGUGUGUUCAUACACUUUAUAAACCAUACCUCCCGCUCACCGACUGCCUACGCCCCACGGAAAACACGAAGAAAAAGUCGCGUCCACUCCAACACCACCAAUGUCUCCGCAACCCACCAAACACUAUCAAGUCAUGUCCGCACCCAUAACCACCAACACAACCACCCCUUCCAACCCACCCGCCCCGCACUCUUCCGCGCUCCCCCCUUCAGACACCACCGCCACCUCCAGCAACCCAUCCUCCUCCCAACCCGCCGUCACCUCGCCCCCCGGCGUCCGCCCGCCACGCACCCCCCUCCUCCGCCUCGAACUCCGCGACCUCUCCAGCCCCGGCACACACACCUUCCUGCGCCUCGUGCACGCCUCGACGGCCCUGUCGACGGCCGUCAGCACCGUCCUCACGCACCUCUACACGGGGCUGCCCGCCUCGAGCAUGCCGCCCACGCGCUCCGUCACCCUCGUGCUGCGCGAAAUGGACGGCGUAGCAUACACGACGGGGCUGGACCUGGAUUCCGAUCACAAGGAAAUCCACUUCAAUACGUCGUACAUUGCGGGCAUCGAUGCGGGGCGCGCCAAAGAAGAGAUGCUGGGCGUGCUGGUGCAUGAGAUGGUGCAUUGUUGGCAGUGGGAUGGCCAAGGCAAGGCGCCGGGCGGACUGGUCGAGGGCAUCGCCGAUUGGGUGCGAUUAAAGGCUGGGUAUGCGCCGCCGCAUUGGAAGAGGCAUGUGGAUUGUGAGUGGGAUGCUGGGUAUGAGCGGACGGGCUAUUUUCUGGCGUGGUUGGAGGAGGCGCAUGGCAAGGAUGUUGUGAGGAGGAUUAAUGAUGGGUUGAGGGGUUGCAAGUAUGAUGAGGAGAAGUUAUGGGACGAGUGUUGUGGAAAGGGGGUUAAGGAGUUGUGGGGGGAGUAUAAGAAGUGUUAUGAGGAGGAGUGUAAGUAAGGCUUAUGGGGGGGGAUGCUGGGGUGGGUUGGGAUGAGGGCAUCAAAGAUGAGGUUUUGGGUAUCUGGGUUACUCGAAUAACGCCAAGUUCAUGUUUGAAUCUAGACCAUAGGUCAUGUACCGUACACGUAGUUUAUGAAUGUAAUGUCCUUUACGUACUACUGAACUUAUCUACAAGUCACGCUAUGCACACCUCUCCAACGACCUUGCAUUGAAUCAUAUCUUGCUGCUCCCGCUCACCACGUUUCCAGCUUAUUUUACUGUUGGCCAGUAACAAUGCCUCCGGCUGGCGGUACUGGCUGCCCUUGAGUGCCAAUAUCCUCCUCUCCACUACUACCCGUCCUUGCCGUAGGCUUAGUUUCCGUCGUAGGCUCUUUGGGCUCUCCAAUACCAUCCGGCUUUGGCGGCGAUUUGGUACCUGGUCCACCGCGUCUCUGCCAGUCAAGCCACGA